AUGAACAGUAAAAGCAGAUACUUGCCGCUUCACACUUCACCAACACAAGAAAAUAACUCUGAACAGCGAAAACAGCGUGAGAUCACCUAAACUAUCGCAGUCAAAGGAUACAACAAGCAAGUCUACCAAUUUGACCACUGGUAGACUCUAUCAGAAUAUCGCAACACAAUAAGUUUAUGCAUAGAGACUCUAGCAAAGAAGUGA